AUGGCUCUCAGCCUCGCAGCUAGAGUCACCAUGUUUUUUGCCGUGCCAUUUCUGCUGCUUCUGCCGUCACCGUCUUCAGAGGCAGGCCAGCUGUCUACGGACGAAGCGAUAGUUAGGGCGGCAGAUGUCUGUACCGACGAGAAAAAUCGCGAACAAGGGCUCCAGUUGACACUCGAGCCCGGCGCACCCGGCAUCGCAUUCAAAUGCAGCACGGGCGCCGCAGAAUUAAAGCCAUCCAUGACAGAGGUGUACACUGACGGCAACAGCCCACAAACCAAGCCCCUGAACAACGUGUGUCACGACGCUGUAUUAACUGUUUCCGCGGGAAACGACGCAAAAGCCUACAUCCUAAAAGUCCCUGAAGGUGAAAGGAAGGGACAGGUCCUGCACUGGACAUGUCACGUACCUGAUGCAAACCUUAAUGCCAAAGAGCUCUCUGCAUCACCUGAAGUCUCGGUUAUGAAGGAGUGCAAGGUUCGAAUUACAGUCAAAGCCCCCGACACCCUGAACACCGAACCUCAUCAGCAGCCCGGCAGCGCACCUCAACAGCCAGGAACCACUGGCGACCCGCAAUCUGCUGAAACAGUUCACCAUUGCAUGCCUGAGGCAGGCGGAAGAGUGGUUCCCGUGACGCUUCUGCGCACAGAAUCCACAGUUUUGUUCAGUUGUGCCUCGCCGGAGCAGACCACAUUGAGUCCGGAGCCGUCGCUCAAUCAGUUCUACGAAGCAAGCGACUGCACCGAUCCGGAGCCUUUGGAAAAAGUGUGCAGGGGGGCCACACUCUGUGUGGCGCAAGAAAACAAUCCGACGACGUACAGGCUCACAGUCCCCAAACAGGGUCGUCACAAGAAAACCCUAUACUACCGCUGUACUGCUCCGAGCGCGGCCGUCUCGCGCAUCCGGGCGGCGGGCCCUGCGCAGUCUCAGAAACCCAAGUCUUGCACGCUCAAGAUUACGGUAGAUGCGGCAGACUCGCCGAACACUGAUGACGAACAAAACGACGGUCUGAGUGACGAUAUUGUCCAAACCUGCGAGAUCGACGACGAUGAAAACAAGCGGAUCGAUUUAACCCUCCCCCAAAAUGUCAAACGUCUUGCAUUCUCUUGUGGCUCGAGCGGUGCUCCGGCGCUAAAACCAGACGCAUCCGACAACGCGUUCUGCAUGGAUCCCGGCUGCACUGCGGAAAAGCCUUUGUCGAACUUGUUUGAAGGAGCGAGGCUUUUUCCUUCGACAUUGACAGAUUCCACAGUCUAUACGCUUUCCGUCAGCUCAAGACCGCCCACAGACCAUGAUAUUUACUACAUCUGCACUGCAACAACGAUGGUGCAAGGUCAUAAUAGGACCAGCUCUACCGACGUGACAAACAAAAGGAAGUGCACCGUCAGAAUCACUGUCAAAGGCAACGAGAAUCCCGUUUUAUCGGAUGGUGCUCUGAAGGCGGCCGCAUCCUCUGUUCUUGUGACGGUCAUUGGCGGGGUCGUAUACAUGUGGAUCUAG